UCCGGCCCGGUGCCGGGCGGGCAGCCCGACGCCCUCUUGGAGGGCGGGAGAGCUCAGGGCGGGUUCGUGGGUGGCUCUGAAGCCGAGGUCUGGGGACAUGUGGCGGCGCCCCUGGCUGCCCGCCUGCCUGGCCUGGGGCUGCGUGGCCGCGCUGUGCGGCUCCCGCGGGCUCUGCCCGGCCCCGAACGCCUCCAGCCCCGCGCCGGGCCAGUGCCCGCGGCGCCGGGCGGCGGAGCUCUGCGCCUGGGCCCUGUCCUCCGACAGCCUCCUAGAUCCUUUUCCAGUUGAUGUGAUCCAAGAAAAUUAUGUCCGUAACGUGAGAAACUGCAUUUUUUCGGUUGUCUACCCUACACCUUUUAAAUCUAGAGUUCGUCUUGUAGCUGUUUCAAAGGAAGUUCUUGAAAGUAUUUUGGAUCUUGAUAUAUCUGUCAAAGGAUCAUCUGAUUUUCUGGAGUUCGUCAGUGGUGGGAAAGUGAUAUUUGGGUCUGUUCCACUGGCCCAUAGGUAUGGGGGUCACCAGUUUGGUAGCUGGGCAGGUCAGCUGGGAGAUGGAAGAGCCCAUUUGAUCGGAGUAUAUACAAACAGGCAUGGUGAGAGGUGGGAGCUGCAGUUAAAAGGGUCAGGAAAGACUCCAUACUCCAGGAAUGGUGAUGGGAGAGCUGUGCUUCGCUCUUCUGUUCGAGAGUUUCUAUGUAGUGAGGCCAUGCACUAUCUUGGAAUUCCUACAAGCAGAGCUGCUAGCUUAGUUGUAAGUGAUGAUGAUGUGUGGAGAGAUCAGUUUUACAAUGGAAAUAUUAAGAAAGAAAGAGGUGCAAUAGUGCUACGACUUGCCAAAUCGUGGUUUCGUAUAGGAUCCUUGGAAAUCUUAGCUCACUCUGGGGAACUGGACUUACUGAGAAAAUUGCUAGACUUUAUCAUCCAGGAACAUUUUCCUUCAAUAGCUGUGAAUGAUUCAAAUAGAUACCUGGAAUUUUUCUCUACUGUCGUGUCAGAGACUGCAAAUCUCAUUUCCUUGUGGAUGUCUGUGGGGUUUGCACAUGGUGUGUGCAAUACAGAUAACUUCAGUUUAUUGUCCAUAACAAUAGAUUAUGGUCCAUUUGGAUUUAUGGACUCCUAUGACCCAGAUUUUGUUCCAAACACAUCUGAUGAUGAAAGGAGGUAUAAAAUAGGAAAUCAGGCAAGUGUUGGGCUGUUUAAUCUGAGCAAGCUGUUACAAGCUCUAAAACCUUUAUUGGAUCCCAGGCAAAAGCAGCUAGCUUCCCAAAUUUUGGAGGGGUAUGGUGAGCACUAUCACAGUCGUUUCACAGAACUAUUCAAAAGAAAAUUGGGUCUUCUUGGGGAGAAUGAGAAUGAUAACUAUUUGAUUGCUUUCCUCUUAAAAAUUAUGGAAGAUACAAAGGCUGAUUUUACAAUGACAUUCCGAGAGCUGAGUGAAAUUACUGCAGACCAGUUAAAGGAACUCCAUAUUCCUGAGGAAUUCUGGGCUCUCCAGGAUCUGGGUAAACACAAAUUAUUUUCAGAAUGGGUUACUAUGUACCUCCUUAGAUUAAACAGUUACAACGGUGACUCAGAUGCCAAAAGAAGAAUAAGAAUGGCAACUGUUAAUCCUAGAUACAUACUUAGGAAUUGGAUGGCAGAAUCAGCAGUGCAAAAAGCUAAUUUGAAUGAUUUCUCAGAGGUUGAGCUCCUAGAGCAGGUUUUACAGCACCCCUUUGAGAGGCAGGAGGCUGCAGAGAGAGCAGGGUACUCCCUGCGCCCCCCGGCCUGGGCCAGGCAUCUCAGAGUCAGCUGCUCAUCCUGAGCGAAAUUCAAACAAGCAAGCAGAAUGAUCGAGGUCAAAGUUCAAGCCUUCAAAUUGGGCUCAUGGAUCAAACCACAGGAACUUCUCUCCCUUAGACUUUGUGGACUGGAAUCUGCUACUGUUCUUGACAAAUUUAUGAAGUCUCAAGAUCAAAGAAGUGCAUCACUAGGUAUGGGUGCAUCAGCAGAUUAUACUGCCAUUGACAACUCUGCCUCUCACAUUCAACUGUGCGUUACUUUGAGUUCCAGUAUUUAAGUUCUGCCAGACUGUAACAUUUAACCUCUCAAAAUUAAUGGCUGAUCAGGUGGGUUUUAAUAGCUUUUAGUGACUGAUCAAUUGAAAAUCCAUGUAAGCUAGUUUUAAUAAUGCUGUAUUUUGAUGAUUUUUCCUCUUGCUGUUACACUUUUCAAAUAUAGGUGUGUUCUCCAGACAUAAAUGUUCUUAAGUCUUGCAGACCUGGCACAAAGCAUCAUCUCAGACCUUGACACCUUUUCUCAUUCUGAUUAUGUUUUGUCCCAUUAAACUGACAAAAGGUUUAAAGGAAAUUCAGUUAAAUAGUUAGCAAAGAUAUCUGUCUUGGGAAAGAUAAAAGAUGUCUGUCUUAC